UGAGUGUAGGGUUAGAUGGUGCCGUAUUUUACCCUUUUCAUGUAAAGUAUAAAGGAUUUAUACCCCAGUCUAGUUGGUGGCGGUAAUGCAACAUUUAUUGGAUGCCAACCGCCGUUAAACCUCAUCGAAGAAGAAGAAGACGAAGAACGCUAAGCAGAAUCCGAGAGGUUUCAACCAACAUUUAUUUGAUAAAGCGAAAAGCUACUUUCAUAACCAUUGCUAAUAUGUCAAAACUACAGAUGUUGAAUGUGUUUGUCACUGAGCGUUUGUCGGCGGCUGCUGUGGAGAUAUUCGGAGCCGUGGAGAAGACCGUAGCAGAGUAUCAGGAAGAAAUCUGCCGUUCAGCGGAGGAGAACGAGCGUUUACGCAAACUGUUGGAUUUGGUUAGCAAACCAGAGAUAAAGUUACACAGAGCAGACUUCCAGUUACUGCCUCCUGCCAUUCACUCUGAGCAGCAGAACUGUAAGCAGGAGUGGAGCCCCAGUCUGGGGCAGGAGGACCCAGAACCCACACAGAUUAAAGAGGAACAACAGGAGCACAGACUCAGUCAGGAGGACUCACCUCAGCACUCACAUCUUUACCAAAACCAAACUGUGGAUGAUGGAGAGAGGGGUAUUCUACCUAUCAUCAUAACUGAAGAGAUCAAAACAGAACCUGAUGGAGAGGGCUACAGAGUAGCAGAACCAACCAGUGAUCUGCCCCUUUCAGUUCAUCCAGACUGCUCUGCUGCAGUGGAGAAACCAUAUCGGUGUCAACAAUGUGACAAAAGCUUCACACGUAAGGGACACUUGACCAUCCAUUCAAAGAUACACACAGGAGAGAAAUCUUAUCUGUGCAAACAAUGUGACAAAAGCUUCAUCCAGAAAGGUGACUUGGACAGACAUACAAGGGUACACACAGGAGAUAAUCCAUACCAGUGCAAACAAUGUGGCAAAAUGUUUAACCAGAAAGGAAGCUUGACCAUCCAUUCAAGGAUACAUACGGGGGAGAAACCUUAUCAGUGCAAAGACUGUGACAAAUCCUUCAACCAGAAGAUGGAAUUGAUAUUGCAUAUGAGAGUUCACACAGGGGAGAGACCAUAUAAUUGUCCUGUAUGCAAGAAAAGUUACAUGGCAUUAAGCUAUUUAAGACUUCAUCAGCGUGUUCACACAGGGGAGAAACCUUACCAGUGCAAAGAAUGUGGCAAAUGCUUUGGUUAUAAAGGAAGCUUGAAGUCUCAUAUGAGCACUCACACAAAAACUUCAGCCUGAAGUGAGAACAACAAAUGAUUACUCACUUGAAUUUCUUGUUACAUCCAACUUGUAAAUAAUUUGUUAAGUUCUAUUUUCUGGCAUUUGACAACAAAACAAAUGUAGUUAUGUGAGAGGAGUGAUAAAACAUCAGUCAGUAUCAGAUUCGUAAGCUCAUUUUUGCUCUCACUUUUUUUUGGAUACCUACUGGCUAGGACAAUGAGGGAAUUUGACCAUGCUGGCCCGGCUGAAAAGUGAUUGCAUCCUUUUUGAAACCAGGCUGCCUCACAGGCAUGAGCCAUUCCUCCCUCACCGCUUUUGCCUGGUCAUAUGACAGGCCAUAGUCCGGUGCACCGCGGUUCAGCCUAAUCAAACUCCUGCACUGCUGGCUUCAGGAAGUCGUCACAGCUGUGUCUAACAGAGCACACACUUGGAUUCCUAAACAACAGGAGUUCAUAUUCAAUUGUUUAACAAUGACAUACAGGAUAUUUGGGCCACUAUCUUCUAUCUGUACUUUUGUCUGCAUGUUAGAAUAUUGAAGUAGCCUAUUAUGUCUUUGUUGACUAUAUAAUGCAGCAAAUAUUUUGUAUGUUUCAUUUUUUUAAAUUAAAAAAUGGGGGGGUAGAUCUGCUUUAAUAUUGCAGACAGAUUGUGGCUUUCAAUGUCAUUGUCUGCAUCAUUUCCAAUCCCCCAUAAAUGUUUUUGUGUUUUUUAUAUAUAUAU